AUGGCUUUCUUACGGAUCUGCGCCGAACGGAGCAACAGGACGCGGCCGUCGCUCCUUUUCCAACUCUUUUGCUUGUUCACAGUGUGCAAAAGCGUGCUUUUGACUCAUGGUGCUGAAUUUCGUCUAGAAGCAUCGGCUGUGCUCCGAUCUCUCAAUUUACCUCAACACACAGAAUAUGAGAUUGUAUCUCCAUAUGAGGUCAACCACCAAGGUGUUUACAUCUCUCACGAAGUUGCCCACCACCAUCGCAGAAGGCGACGCAGAUCCCCAGGCCCAGAUCCAGGCUCAUCAAACGGCAGCAGCCAGACGGUCCACUUCCGGCUGAGUGGCUUGGGGCAGGACUUCCACAUGGAGCUGAAGGAGGCCUCAGAGAGGCUGAUUGCACCUGGCUUCACCAUCCAGGUCCUGGGAAAGAAUGGCACCAAGAGCCUAAGGGCCUACCACCAGGACGACCUCUGCUUUUACCAGGGGUCGCUGAGGUCAAGGGUCAACUCCUCGGUGGCACUGUCCACAUGCAUGGGGAUGUCAGGUUUGAUCAGAACACAGGAUGCAGACUACUUCCUGAGACCCGUGUCACGCAGCCUCGCUCACAAAGAGAACUUCACGGCGCCCCCCAGCCACCAGCCACACAUCCUCUACAAGAGCGAGAGGGACCCCCGGGCCGAGCAGAGAGGCCACGAGCCUCGGAUGCUGCAGAGGAGAUCCACAGAUUCAAGUCACCGCAAAUCACACAGACGCUCUGUCACCAAGAGAUCGGCCAGCUCACAGACGGAGCCCACCCACGACACGGUUAAUGAAGAUCAGCACAGGGGCCGGCCAGAACAGCCAAGUGACAUCUAUGGUUAUCCCCGUGGCAACAGUAACAGUCACGGUGACCAGAGAGAGCAUCACCACGGAGGCCAUCACCGCAACAGCCAUCGCCAUGAGAACGACUACAGACGUGGGGAGAAGCAGAGGCAACACUUCUGCGGGAGACGGAAGAAAUACAUGCCCAAACCUCCAGAAGAGGAUGUCUUUAUCCUCCCGGAUGAGUACAUCACCAAGGUCAUCACCAGGAACAAGAGGGCCGUGCUCCUGAAGAACCAAGGCAACCAGAAUCUCAACGUGGAGAUGCUGGUGGUGGUGGACAAGAAGAUGAUGGACAACCACGGCCACGAGAACAUUACCACAUAUGUUCUCACGGUGCUUAAUAUGGUCUCCAGUCUCUUCAAAGACGGCACGAUAGGCGGGAACAUCAACAUAGUGAUCGUGGGCCUCGUGCUUUUGGAUGAAGAGCAGGACGGCUUGGUGAUCAACCACCAUGCAGACCACACACUCAACAGCUUCUGCCACUGGCAGUCGACUCUGGGAGGCAGAGAGGGCCGACACCACGAUCACGCCAUCCUCCUGACAGGACUUGACAUCUGCUCUUGGAAGAAUGAGCCCUGUGACACUCUUGGUUUUGCUCCAAUUAGUGGGAUGUGCAGCAAGUACCGGAGCUGUACCAUUAACGAGGACACAGGCCUGGGUCUGGCGUUCACCAUCGCCCAUGAAUCCGGCCACAAUUUUGGAAUGGUCCAUGACGGUGAAGGGAACGUUUGUAAGAAGUCAGAGGGUAACAUCAUGUCUCCCACAUUGGCUGGGCACAAUGGUAUCUUCUCCUGGUCUGCCUGCAGCCGCCAGUACCUCAGCCGCUUCCUCAAUUCUGCCCAGGCUCUGUGCUUAUCAGAUGAACCCAGGGCAGUCAAGGAGUAUCAGUACCCCGAGAAGCUGCCUGGCGAGCUGUACGAUGCAGACACGCAGUGUAAAUGGCAAUUCGGGGAGAAGGCCAAACUCUGCACCCUCGACUUCAAGAAGGAUAUCUGCAAGGCUCUGUGGUGCCACCGCGUCGGGAGGAAGUGUGAGACUAAGUUCAUGCCAGCGGCUGAAGGCUCUGCCUGCGGCCCAGAUAUGUGGUGUCGCAGGGGCCAGUGUGUGAAACAGGGCGACGAGGGCCCGAGGCCCCAGCAUGGCCAGUGGUCGGAGUGGUCGCCCUGGUCUGCAUGCUCGCGGAGCUGUGAGAGCGGAGUCACCUAUCGAGAGAGGCAGUGCAACAACCCCAGACCUGCAUACGGAGGGAAGUUCUGUGAGGGCUCCUCCAGGUCCUACAAACUCUGCAACACUGACGACUGUCCCCCGAACGCUAUUGACUUCCGAGCACAGCAGUGUUCGGAGUUCAACAGCAAACAGUUCAGAGGAUGGUACUACACCUGGAGGCCGUACACCAGAGUGGAUGAUCAGGAUGUAUGUAAGCUGUACUGCUUCGCUGAAGGCUAUGAUUUCUUCUUUGCCCUGGCCAGCAAAGUUAAGGAUGGGACACUCUGCUCGCAGGACAGUUCUAAUGUCUGCAUUGACGGACUAUGUGAGAGAGUGGGCUGUGACCGUGUUUUGGGCUCCACAGCUGUGCCUGAUGCUUGCGGGGUGUGUAAAGGAGACAACUCCACCUGCAAGAUCUACAAAGGACAGUACACCAAGCAGCAUUAUACUAACCAGUACUAUGGGGUGGUGACCAUCCCAGCAGGGGCUCGGAGUAUCCGUGUGAUGGAACUGAAUACGUCCAGCUCCUGCCUGGCUGUCAGGGACACCCAGAGACGCUACUACCUGAAUGGACACUGGACAGUGGACUGGCCAGGCAGACACCCCAUCGCUGGAGCCAUUUUUGAGUACAAGAGACCCUACAACAGACCAGAGAGCCUCAUAUCAACUGGCCCCACCAAUGAGACAUUGGUCAUAGAGAUAUUGUUGCAGGGCUGGAAUCCAGGUGUACGUUGGGAGUACACCCUGAAGAAAGCUGAUGAGAAAAGAAAUCACGUCAAACACAAUUAUGCAUGGGCCAUCAUACGCUCCCAAUGCUCAGCAACUUGUGCCGGAGGCCAGAUGAACACCAAGUCAGCGUGCUACAAAGACUUGAGAGUGCAAGUGAACACAUCCUACUGCAAUCCCAGAUCAAGACCAGCUACUGGACUGAUGCCCUGCAACACCCAGCCGUGCCCUGCCAGCUGGUCUGUAGGAGAGUGGGGGGUGUGCAGCCGGAGCUGCGGAGGAGGGGAGCAGACGCGGCAGGUCCAGUGUGACCAGAGAACCAGCCAGACCAACGUAGACGCCCUGGCCGACUCUCGCUGCACCCAGCCCACCCCGGCCAGGAGGCAAGCCUGCAGCACACACAGCUGCCCACCGGUGUGGACCGCCGGGCCGUGGUCACAGUGUUCUCGCAAGUGUGGCAACGGCCUGAGGAAGAGGACGGUUCUGUGUACGAGCGCCAGCCCGGGCGCCCACGCGCACACGCUGCCAGACAGCUUGUGUGCGGGUCUGCCGAAACCCGCCAGUCAAGAAUCCUGCUUCAUCAAACGCUGCCAGAAACAGCGCAAAGUCCAGUGGUUUGUCUCCACGUGGCAAGAGUGCUCGGUAACAUGUGGUCGUGGCCAUCAGGCGCGCUUCAUCAAGUGUGCAGAGAAGGACACGGCAGGGAAAUACAGAGAGCUUGCUGCCAAGAAGUGUCACCAUGUCCCCAAGCCCGCUGUAGAGCUCCAGAGGCCCUGCAUCCUGGCCGAGUGCCCCGUCCGCACUACCCCACCAGUCCACCGCUGGAGCACGUAUCAUCGCACCUAUCCGCCUCAGCCCCUCCCUCAACCCCCGCCUCGAGCAGAAUGGCACUCAUCUCCUUGGUCUCAGUGCACAGUGACAUGUGGAGGAGGGGUGCAGGCCAGGACGGUCCAAUGCCUGGUCCAAGGGAAGCCCUCUCCUGGCUGUGCCCUCCAUCUUAAACCCUCCAUGUCCCAGGCCUGCAACACCAACUUCUGCCCACAACCUGAGAAGAAAGACCUUGCAUGUCGGGAUUACUUCAGCUGGUGCUACCUGGUGCCCCAGCAUGGAGUCUGCAACCACAAGUUCUAUGGCAAGCAGUGCUGCCAGUCCUGUUCAAACUCCAACCUAUAAUCACACGGAGCG